CGCGACAGCCUGGAAAGCCCCUCCCCCCGCUUGGCGGGCGGCGAGAGAGCCGGUAGCUGGGAGGUGCUUGUGCCUGUGGCACGCGCUGGGAGCGCCCUUCGCAGAGAGCUGACACUGGGACCCGGCGGAAGGGCAGGCGGGGGCCUUUCUUCCCGGGGCGGAGCGCCGCGCGCUGGUAUCGAUGCUGUGACUGCUGCUGCGCCAGGGAGGAUGACAAAAUGACUGGCAUAGAGAAUGAAACUGUAAGAGGCAAAGCCAUGGAGGAGGAAAGCACCCAACAGAAAAAGGAACGAGAGAAAAAGAAAAGGUCGAGGGUUAAACAGGUGCUGUCAGAUAUAGCAAAACAAGUGGAUUUCUGGUUUGGAGAUGUCAACCUUCACAAAGACAAAUUCCUCCGAGAACAAAUAGAGAAGUCUAGAGAUGGAUAUGUUGACAUAUCACUUCUUGUAUCGUUCAACAAAAUGAAAAAAUUGACGACUGAUGGGAAAUUGAUAGCCCGAGCAGUUAAAAGCUCAUCCGUUGUAGAACUGGAUUUAGAGGGAACUAAAAUCAGAAGACGUCAGCCACUGGGUGAGCAACCAAAAGAUGUGGAUAGUCGUACUGUAUAUGUGGAGCUGCUUCCCAAAAAUGUCAACCACAGUUGGAUUGAGCGGGUAUUUGGGAAAUGUGGUAAUGUAGUUUAUAUCAGUAUCCCACGUUAUAAGUCCACUGGAGACCCAAAGGGAUUUGCAUUUGUUGAAUUUGAAACAAGAGAGCAAGCAGACAAAGCUAUUGAGUUUUUGAAUAAUCCACCAGAAGAAGCACCAAGAAAACCUGGGAUAUUCCCCAGAACAGUAAAAAAUAAGCCUGUUCCUGCACUGAAUGCAAGUGACUGCAGUGUACUGGAAGAGAAGAAGAAGAAAAAGAAGAAAAAAUCCAAAAUGAAGAAAGAGAGCAGGUUACAGUCUGCUGCAGAAAUGAAAGAAUCAAACAUGGACACUACUGCAGAUCAAAUAAGCAAGUCAAAGAGACACAGGACAACAUCUGAGUGCUUGGAAAUGGAAGUAUCUGGAGUCCAUAGGCAACCUUCUAAGAAAGAGAGAAAAAAAUGGGAUAGAACAGAAAGCCCAGAGUUAACUGAGGAAAGUAGGCUAGGGAAGAGAAAAAGAAGCAACUCUGGAGAUGUAGAGACAUUAGGUGCAAAAGUCAAGAAAACUGCUCAAAAAGAUGAUGUUCAUUCUGUAAAAGAAGAAACAACAGAAGCUCAAAAGGAUUCCAAAGAAGUUACUACAGAAGAGGAGAAAGAUGGUGAUAAGAAAGACACAUCUCUUUCAAAAUCAAAAAGAAAGCAUAAGAAAAAGCACAAAGAAAGGCACAAGAUGGGAGAGGAGGUCAUUCCAUUGAGAGUACUCUCAAAGAGUGAAUGGAUGGAUCUGAAGCAGGAAUAUUUGGCCCUUCAAAAAGCCAGCAUGGCUUCCUUAAAGAAAACAAUGUCCCAAAUCAAAUCUGAGUGUCUGGAGAAGAUGGAAACAGAUGGUGGUAUACAAAAGCGUCCUCAAACAAAAAAUGUUAAAUGUGAAGCCACCAAUGAAGAUUCUGGCCCCCCUGAGAAAGCUAACACAAUGGGACCACAGUUUGUGAGUGGCGUAAUUGUGAAGAUCAUUAGCACCGAACCCCUACCAGGCAGGAAACACAUCAAGGAUGCUCUGGCUAUGAUAGCUGAUGUUGCUUAUGUUGACGUGCUGGAAGGAGACACAGAGUGUCAUGUUCGGUUUAAAACUCCUGAAGAUGCACAGGUUGUAAUGAAAGCACAUAAAGAAAUUCAGAUUAAAAACAACUGGAAACUUGAGGUGCUAACUGGUGAUCAUGAACAGCGGUACUGGCAGAAAAUUUUGGUGGACAGACAAGCUAAACUUAACCAACCUAGAGAGAAGAAGCGAGGCACAGAAAAGCUGAUUGCCAAAGCUGAAAGAAUGAGACUUGCAAAAACACAAGAGACAAGUAAACAUAUCCGCUUCUCUGAAGAUGACUGACCUAAAAUUGAUUUUAUUCUUUAAAAGAAUAUUUAAAAUAGUCACUGCAUGUUUUAAUGAAACCAUAAACUGUUCUUACGAAGAAGUCAAAAACCAGUCAGUCCAUUUGCUUCAUAAUGCUUCAGUGUGCAAUUUUAUUCUAAAUUCCGUUUUUAAAUAUGCUGAGUGUUUGCUGCUCCUGAGCCUGUAGGUAAAGCUUUCUGGGAAAAUGUAUCAAACAAGGUCUUGCUUUGUUUUACAUUUAGUUUUACUUCUAAUGAAUUUUUGUAUAUUGCAGUUUUAUAAACUGAAUUACGGAAAAGAACAAAUAAAAUGAUUUAGAAAUUGAC